AUGGCAACGGUACAAAACCCAACAGGUUAUGGGCCUAGAAGAGGCUUGAUUUUUGAUGGAGACGAGAACAAGUAUGAAUUAUGGGAGGUGAAGUUUUUGGGAUAUAUGCGACUCCAAAAACUUUACAAUAUAUUCAUUCCUAGCAGUAGCGAAAGAGAGCUAGAUGAGGCAAAGAACGCAGAUGCCUUUGCCGAAUUAGUGCAAUGUCUAGAUGACAGGAGCUUGGCCCUGGUCAUACGAGAGGCGAAAGACAAUGGAAGAAAAGCCCUGACGGUUCUGAGAGAACAUUAUCAAGGCAAGGGAAAGCCCAGAAUAAUAUCGCUGUACACGGAGUUAACGUCGUUGAAGAAGGCAGAAAAUGAGACAAUUACGGACUACAUCAUACGGGCAGAAACUGCCGCGACCGCAUUGAAGGCUGCAGAGGAAGUAAUCAGUGAUGGACUUCUGAUUGCCAUGGUACUCAAGGGUCUACCAAACGCGUAUAAAACGUUUUCUACGGUGGUUAUUCAACGAGAAAACCAGAUGAAUUUUGGCGACUUCAAAAUCGCAUUGCGUAACCAUGAAGAGAACGAGAAGUGCUGCAGACCGGCGGAGAAUGGCGACAACGUAAUGUACGUGAAGAAGAAAUUUGAAGGAAAGUGUUUUAAGUGUGACAAGAAAGGACAUAAAAGUUCCGAUUGCUGGAUGAAAGCUGAAAAAUGGUGCAACAAGUGCAAGAGCAAGACACACAAUACCAAGGAUUGCAGAGCAAGAAGAGACGGUGUAAAGAUGGCCGCUGAAACCGGCAAAGAGAACGCUAAAAUACAUUCAUUUGCAUUUACACUUAAGGAAAAUAAUUCUAAUGGAGGUAAGACCUCAAAUCUACUAGUAGAUACAGGGGCAACAAGUCAUAUAAUUAAUGAUAAAUCUAAAUUUGUAAAUUUUGACGAGAAGUUCGACCCAAGUAAUCAUGUAAUAGAGUUAGCUGACGGAAGUAAAGCUAAUGUUGUUUUAGGUAAAGGUAACGCUAAAGUUAAAUUGUACGAUAUUAAUGGUAAUUUACAAGAUGUAAUGCUUAGUAACGCGCUGUAUAUUCCGUCUUAUCAGCAAAAUAUUUUCUCCGUUCCUGCUGCAAUAGAGAAGGGGGCUGCUGUUAGCUUAGAUAGGCAAGUUAGAGAGUACAGGGACCCCGAGGGAACAGUGUUUGGUAUCAAACAGGUAGGUAAAUUAUAUUACUUAAAUAGUAUAUCAUCUUCUCAAAAUAACGCAUCGUCCCUAAUGGAAUGGCACAAGAUAUUAGGGCAUUGUAAUUAUAAUGAUGUGCGCAAACUUGAGAGCGUGGUUAAAGGUAUGAAGAUAGUAGAUGACAAGGAAAUCCUUUGUGAGGUAUGUACACAGGGUAAAAUGUGCCAACAUCGAAGGCGAGAGCCAGAUCAAAGGGCAAAAGGUCCUCUUGAGUUCGUACACUGUGAUUUAGCUGGUCCAGUUGAGCCAGCAGCGAAGGAUGGUUUUAAAUAUGCCUUAUCUUUUGUAGAUGAUUUCACUGGUACUAACUUAAUAUAUUUUCUUAAACAGAAGAGCGAUACAGUGGAAGCUACUGAAACGUUUUUGGCUGAUAUUGCACCCUUUGGAAAGGUAAAACGCAUUAGAAGCGACAAUGGUACGGAAUUUACCAGCCGGAAAUUUAAAUCACUACUGCGUCAAAAUUCAAUUAAACACGAAACCAGUGCGCCAUAUUCCCCACACCAAAAUGGCACUGUAGAGAGAGCGUGGCGGAGUUUAUUUAGCAUGGCUAGAUGCAUGCUAUUAGAAGCAAAUCUCCCCAAACGUUUGUGGACGUAUGCCGUAAUGACAGCGGUGUAUAUUAGAAAUAGGUGUUUUAAUUCUAGGUUAGGAAAAACUCCGUAUGAAGCACUGACAGGUAAGCAACCUAAUCUUAGCAAUAUGCAUGUCUUUGGCUCAACAUGCUAUGCCUUUGUUCAAAAUGUUAAGAAAUUAGACGACCGGAGCCGUAAAGGUGUUUUUGUAGGUUAUGAUAAAGACAGUCCAGCAUACUUGGUAUACCACCCAGAAACAAACAAAGUGGAAAAGGUAAGAUGCGUGAAAUUUUUUGAUAAUUUUGGAACUGAGCCUGAGGCGUCUAAUGACAACCAAGAGUUAAUUGUGCCAAAUAAAGAACACGUUGAGACUACGGUAAAUGCUAACGAGCUGCCUCAGCAAAUGGAUGAAAAUGCUGGUACAGCAGAGGUAGAGAACAACGCGGCGAGAUAUCCAACACGCACUCGCAACAAACCAAGGUAUCUUGAUCAGCCAAUUAUUGACGACAAUGUUAACCGCACUGUUGAUUAUUGCUUUAGGGCUGUAGACAUUCCAAAAUGUUACAAGCAAGCAAUAAAAUCGCUGGAGGCUAACAAGUGGCAAAAUGCCAUGAAUGCAGAG